GGCUGGACAGCAUGCUGCUGCUUCACUUAACAGGGAGCAUCUGCAUCUCCCUCCUGCCAGGUUUUACGUCUGCUGUGAAAGGCCCCGGCACAGUGCAUGGAUUUGUUGGCAGGUCUUUACCUGUAAUGUGUCACUAUGAUAAAUCCUAUCAAACAUAUUACAAAUAUUGGUGCAAAGGAUACGAUUGGCUUUCUUGCACUGUGGUUGUAAAGACCAGAGGAUUAGAAGCAGAGGUGAAGGCUGGCAGAACAUCUGUCAAGGACAAUCAUACUUGCUCUUGCUUCACGGUGACACUGGAGGACCUCAGAGAGGAAGAUGCUGGGGUGUACUGGUGUGGCAUAGAGACAAGUGGAUCUGAUCCUAACACCCAAGUGACCAUUGUCCCAGAAUCUAGCUCAGAUCUGACUGAUCCCAAGGCAGUAGAGGCAACUGUGGGUUCCUCAGUGUCUGUGGAAUGCAGUUAUGAUCAAAGGUACCAACAGAAUAUUAAAUAUUGGUGCAGAAGAAUUAGUGAAAGAAAUUGCCCCCCAGGCAUUAGCACGACGGGGUCAGAACGUCCAGUGAUUAAAAAUGGAGUCUCCAUCCAGGACAACCAUUCACUGAAUCAUUUCACAGUAACAAUGGAUGACCUGACCACCAGUCACAGUGGAAUGUACAGCUGUGCAGUGAGUCAGCCAGGAGGACUUGAUCUGAUGACUCCUGUUAAUGUGACAGUUUUAGUGACAGACGUACCAGACAGCCGAGAUCGUGGUGGCUUCUUUCAAAAUUACCAGAUUUAUGUGACCUUCCUGGUUUUGAUCUGCAUGAAAAUGCCCAUCUUCCUGACUAUGGUACUUGCAAUUACAUGGAUGCACAGAAGAAACAGGCAGCAUUCUGAUGAGGUGACAACACCAGAGACACAAUCUUGAGACCUAGAUGUACCAGCACAAUGGGAAAACAUAUCUUGUUCUGUUCUUCACUAUCCUGUUAUAGCCAGCCACGUCUCCUUGUGGGUGACAGGGAAUGCAACUAUAUGGUAAAGAGGCAGACUUCCUUCUCUAGGACGAUCAUCAGUUACACAAAGAAAGCAUCCAGUAACUGGUAGAUGCUGUUGGGGAAAUUGUACGCUUCAUACUUAUACCAGAAACUUAUUAUUGACAUCGAGCAGGCCAGAUUUAGGCAUGGCUGCUCUAUGCUGGAUCAAUGUGCAAUUUUCUAUCACCUGGAGAAAAAAUAUAUGACCUUAUGUGGUUCCCUGUGUGUUGCCUUCACAUUGACUUACGGGCAAUUUUUGACUCCAUACCAAGAAAUCAGCUAUGGACCAAACUGAGAACCACUUCUAUUGAUCAUAGAUUGCUAUGGUUAAUUGAAAGACUAUAUGAGUCCUCAUAUGCAUGGGUACAUUGUAGUAAUCUUGGCUAUUUGUCAAAACCAUUCCCUCUGCAGAGAGGUGUCCAACAGGGAUGUGUUUUGGCUCCCUUACUGUUUAAUCUAUACAUGAAUGACUUGUAUGUAAAGUUAAAAUCAUCUGAUCAUUAUUCUCCUACAGUAGCUAAUGUUGAAAUCACUGCAUCGUUAUAUGCUGAUGAUACUGUUCUUCUUUUGCAUUCUCCUGUUGGCCUUCGGCAACUGCUGAAAUCUGUUUCUCAUUAUUGUACUGAGGGGAACCACAAUGUCUAAGGUUAUGAUUUUGACUAAACAACACCAACUUCCAAUUUAUAACUGGGAAAUUAAUGGGCAAAAGCUAGAGCAAGUGAAACAAUUUCGAUAUUUGGGAAUACUCUUUCAAUAUAACCUGUCAUGGAAACAACACAUAGAGGAGGCCCAACAGCUAGCUACUCUAACAACCAAUGUAAUAAUCCUUUUUUUUUAGCUCUAGAGGAGAUCGAUAUAUACCGGCAGCACUCCUUCGAGGAACCACAGGAGCCCCGUGCUGUGUGGCAGGAACCCUUUUCAGAGCUGAAUUAAGGUGUGCACUCCCUAGAAGCAAGGGCCUGGGUCGCUGCUUUUGGAUUUUGGCUCAAGUUAACCUUUGCUUCUUUGGGAAGGGGCAGGCUCAUUUUACUGAGGAUGAACGCCUUUAAAACAACUUGGAAGAAAUUGGCAGCCUCUUCAUUUGGAUUGCCUUGGGAUUUCCCCUAAUGUUAUCAAUAGCCUUAGCUUGACCUCUAUUAGAAAGUUGAUUUUGAGACAUCUGUAUGCCUUAGAUGAGUCUAGUGCUAGAUUCAGGGCCCAUAGAGUUUGCUCUCCCCUUUAUUUGGGAUUGGCAUACUCAAAAUUUAGCCUAGCUUAUCUCGAUUAUCUGACAGUUCCUAAAUAAAGACAAGCCUUUAUGUUGGACUGACUUAACUCAAUUCCAAUGGCAGAAGUCUCACUUUGAGAGGAU